AUGGCCGACGCUGCAACAUCCCAAGCAUCCCAGGCUGCUUCUGCGCCAGCACCAGAGAAGCCCGUCUUCCGCUACUUCCGCGCCCCCACCUCCGCCCAGCAACCCCGCACUGAACUGCCGGACCACUACUUCGACGUGACCACCGCAGACAUCCGCGCCCAGCAAGCCUCCCUCACCGCAAAGCGCGACGCCCUCCACAAUGCGCCUCUCCGCACAGCCGCACUCCGUGAUGCUGAAGACAAGAAGCGCAGAGCACGCUGGCCACAGACCACAAUCCGCAUAAAGUUCGCAGACCGGAGCGUCCUCGAGCGCACCUUCCCAUCGACAGACAAGAUCAAGUCCGUAUACGUCUUCGUCCGUGGCUCCCUCCGUGAAGACGUGAAGCCCAUCAAGUUCGUACUCUACCAGUCCCCGCCCAAACGAGAAUACAAGGUCUCCGACCCCGCAGUCCGUGACCUCACCCUCGCCGAACUUGACCUCGCACCCUCCUCACUGCUACUCAUCAAGUUCAUCGACGACGAACGUUACAACCACACAGACGUGCCCGCGCCACUCGACCCAUCCAUCCUCGCACUCGCCGAAGACUUCCCCGCGCCGCCGGUGUACGACUCCGACCCCAAAAAGGACGAGAAGGACGCCAAAGGCAACCGCUCUGGUAUACGAUCGAACCUCCCCUUCGGAUCUGGGAAGAAGAAGGACGGGGACGAUGACGGCGGCGAGCGCAAAUACCCGAAGUGGUUUAAGCUGGGGCCAAGUGAGUAUUGA